GUCACGGACAUCCUGUGCAAGAACAUGAAGCACCUGUGGUUCUUCCUCCUCCUGGUGGCAGCUCCCAGAUGGGUCUUGUCCCAGGUGCAGCUGCAGGAGUCGGGCCCAGGACUGGUGAAGCCUUCGGAGACCCUGUCCCUCACCUGCGCUGUCUCUGGUGGCUCCAUCAGCGAUGAUUACUACUGGAGCUGGAUCCGCCAGCCCCCAGGGAAGGGACUGGAGUGGAUUGGGUACAUCUAUGGUAGUGGUGGGGGCACCAACUACAAUCCCUCCCUCAAGAAUCGAGUCACCAUUUCAAUAGACACGUCCAAGAACCAGUUCUCCCUGAAGCUGAGCUCUGUGACCGCCGCGGACACGGCCGUGUAUUACUGUGCGAGAGACACAGUGAGGGGAGGUGAGUGUGAGCCCAGACACAAACCUCCCUGCAGGGAGGCGGAGGGGGCGGGCGCAGAACCUGUGCAUGCCAACAACUGUGUUUCUCAGUGCACUCUUGGCCUGGUGAAGCCCUUACAGACCCUCUCCCUCACCUGUGCCAUCUCUGGAUUCCCCAUCACAACCAGUGCUUCCUGCUGGAGCUGA